UGAAGGUGUAAGAGGAACUCUACUCCACACCAAAUCACUCAAAUCCCAUCCUGCUAGUACUACCUCUGUCAGCUCCAAUGGAGCCUCUCAUCCAAUUCUUUUUGACCCUCUUUGCACUGCUUGUCUGUGCCUUGAUUUUCAAGAGCCGAACUACUCCAAAGAAAAAGCCCUGCACUGCGCCUCAAGCUGGAGGCACUUUGCCUAUUAUCGGCCAUCUUCACCUCCUAGGUGGCCGGACGCUUGCCCACAAAGUGCUUAGCUCCAUGGCCGACAAGUAUGGACCAGUUUACACAAUAAAGCUGGGUUCCUAUCGAUAUUUGAUUAUCAACAGCUGGGAAGUUGCCAAAGAAUGCUUCACUGUCCACGACAAGGCGUUCUCCACCAGACCAAGCGUGGCUGCAGCAAGGCUGUUGGGCUAUAACUGUGCUAUGUUUGGCUUGACUGGGUACGGGGAGUACUGGCGUAAAAUGCGCAAGAUAGCUACAAUUGAGCUUUUGUCGAAUCAUCGACUCGACCUGCUCAAGCACAAACCAGCUUCAGAGGUGGAAAGCAUGAUGAAAGAACUUUACAAAUUGUGUGCUACCAAAGGCAGUGCAAAACGUGGGGCUGUUGUGGAUAUGAAGCAAUGGUAUGGGAACUUGACGCUUAAUAUUGCCAUAAGAAUGGUGGGAGGGAAGCGAUACUUCGGAACUAAUGCCGAUGUCGAUGAAGAAUCGGCGCUUCGCGUUCAAAAAGUGAUGAGGGAGGUAAUUUAUCUGUUUGGGGUGUUUGUGUUGUCUGAUGCACUUCCUUUGUUCGGGUGGUUAGAUACGAAUGGGUAUGAGAAAAGGAUGAAGCGAGCUGCCAAAGAAUUGGACGGUCUGAUUGGAGGGUGGCUGGAGGAGCAUAAACAGAAGAGGUUGACGGAGGGGAAGACACAAGAAGAAGAGCAAGAUUUUAUGGAUGUCAUGCUCAACACCGUCGAAGAUGCCAAGAUUUCAAGCUACGAUGCGGACACCAUAACCAAGGCCACUUGUUUGAAUCUAAUUUUAGCAGGAAGCGACACCACCAUGGUAACUCUAGUGUGGGCUCUGUCUUUACUACUCAAUAAUAACCACGCGCUGAAAAAGGCGUAUGAGGAGCUGGAGGAAGUCGUUGGAAAGGAUAGGCACGUUGAGGAUUCUGACAUAAAAAAUUUAGUGUAUCUCCAAGCCAUCGUCAAGGAAACACUGCGCCUAUACCCAGCUAGUCCACUCGUACAUCGUGCUCUACUGGAAGACUGCACCCUCUCCGGCGGCUAUUUCAUUCCGGCCCAUACAAGGGUGAUGAUAAACGUCUGGAAAAUUCAACGAGACGAGACUAAAUGGGCCAACCCUGACGAGUUCCAGCCUGAGAGAUAUUUUACUACCCAUAAGGACAUGGACGUGAGGGGUCAGAGUUAUGAGUACCUUGCUUUCGGCACAGGAAGGCGAUCUUGCGCUGGGGUCUCCAUGGCUCUCCAAAUGGUUCAUUUGGCACUCGCUAGCUUCUUGCAGGCUUUCAACGUUUCUAAGCCAUCAAAGGAAGAUGUGGAUAUGACUGAAAGCGUUGGUUUGACAAACUUGAAGGAGUCCGCACUUGAAGUUCUCAUUACUCCACGUCUCGAUGCUGCACUCUACUAAUGAUCAUUUUUAAUUUCAAGCUUUCUUUGCUUCAAUUAGGUCUUUCUACGCUUUUAAUUUUUGCAUGUUGUUCUCUAAAAUAAGAGUAAUACUACUACUCUUUUUUCAUUUUA